UCCAUCUCCUGAACAUCAGCAAUGGAGCACAAUCGACCGCCCGGGACGGCCGCGUGGUCCGGCGUGAGAGGCGGUCAUACGGUGGCGGAAGGCGAGGUCAUGAUCCAGAAAGGCCUACAGGAUCCAAAAGUUAAGUUUCUGAGGGAGCAAUUGGAGAAAGCGGGCUGCAAAAUUACCGAUAAUUUCUUCAAAUCCGUCCGUUGCGAUACACCGAUGUCUGGCUUUUUCUGUCCGAAGAGCAACGGUGGGAUUCAAGUAUGUGCAAACAAUUUGAGAUUUCAAGAUGAAGUAACCCAAGUGCUUAUCCAUGAGCUCAUCCAUGCAUAUGAUCAGUGUCGUGCUAAAAAUAUGGACUGGGGAAAUCGUACUCAUCGAGCUUGCACAGAGAUUAGAGCCAGCCAUCUCAGUGGGGACUGUCAUUUCUUGAGAGAGUUGUUGCGUGGUAACUUUAAGAUAAUUGGUCAUGAACAAGCUUGUGUGAAGCGAAGAGUGGUUAAUUCAAUGACGGGCACUAAUACUAACUGCUCGAAAAUUGCUGCUACAAUCGCCAUGGAAGUUGUAUGGGAUACUUGUUACAAUGAUACAGCGCCUUUUGACAAAGCUCCUUGAAUCAUUACAAUUUUCUUACUUCCUAACUCGGUUUAUGAUGGAUUCAAGCUAUUGAACGGUGGCAAUCAAUUCAUGUACCAAAUGAAUAAUUAGUCUAGUCUGAAUUACCCAAUGAAGAGUAGUAAUAGAUUUGAGAGUGAAACUGCAUUGAUGAAUGAGCUUUUAAAAUCUCAUUUUGCAGUAAUGGGUGUUGCUCUUCAUAGGUGAAGAAGCUUGAAUGUGCUUGUAUUGUAACUGAUGUGAACGGAUAAAGGAUUACCGAGUUUCUUUGGUUAGAUUA